UAAAUGCUAGCUCUCAACCACAUGAGUUAAAUAAUAUCAAAACAACAACACAAGUAGCUUUUAUUCUAGGAGUUUUCUUUUUUGUUUAUUAAAUUUAUAUGAAAGUGAAAGCAAAAAUGCAAAAGAAACGAGAAGAAAUAGAAGCGAGUAGUUCAGAUUCGGAAUCCGAUGGAAAUUUGGACGAGCAGCAAGAAAUGGGGACUGAUGAAGAGGAAAAUACGAGCGAAAACGAUAAAGAAGCUGGCCCAAGUGGAUCAGGAACGAGUGAACAAUCGGAAAAGAAGAAAAAACGUGGCAUUAUUUAUAUAUCAUCAAUUCCAAAGUUUAUGAAUGUAACGAUUAUGCGUGAACUACUCGGUCAGUAUGCGAAACUCGGUCGGAUAUUCCUUCAGCCGGGGAAAUUAUCAGCGGAAGAAGAAAAUCGCAAAAAGAAAAAGCGUCGCUUGGCCCGUCACUUCACCGAAGGUUGGGUUGAAUUCGAGAGCAAACGUGCUGCAAAACGAGUCGCUCAAAUGCUCAACAACACACCCAUCGCCACACGGAAAAGUUCGAAAUUCUUCGAUCAAUUUUGGAUAAUGAAAUAUUUGCCGCGAUUCAAAUGGGUGCACUUGAGCGAACGUCUGACAUACGAAAAAGCCGUUCACCGUCAGAAACUACAGACUGAAAUUUCACAAGCUCGCAAAGAGACUGCCUUCUUCCAGGAGAAUUUGGACAAGAGCAAAAAAUUCAAAAAGCUGAAAAAGAAACAGAAAAAUGCCAACAAUUUUGUGGAGACCAACGCGUGAUAUUUUUGUGCAAAUAUAUUGCACGGUCCGAAUUCUGGAUGUAAAAAAAAAUGAUUCAUUUAAUAAAUGUGCUUUAAAAUUCGAUUUCAAAUAUAAACCAAA